UCUUUCCUUCCUUCAUCAGUCCCCCUUCGAUGGACAUGAUGGACCCUUAUUACGGGCAACAACAGGGCCAUCAACAGCAGCAGCAGCGCAGAACAAGAGCGGAUUUGCAGCACCAGCAGUCCUACGAUUCUGGCAGCACCAGUUUGCCGUCGCAGUACCGACAGCAGUACCAGCAAAGGUCCUUCUCGGCGUCCAGGUCUUCAAGCAUCAGGUCCUCUGACGACGGCUACUGGAGAGGCUCUGAACAGCGCUCAAUUUCCCCUAAUGCCAGAAUGAUGCGUCAAGGCGAGUAUGGAGUGACACCUGGUGGGCGACAAGCUGGAUACUAUGACAACAGAGUGCCAGUGGCUCAAUCGCCUCAUAAGCGCCAGUUGCCUCAAAUCCCGGGUCAGCCACCGCAACAACAGUACCCCUCAUCAUCAUCAGUACCUCGAGACCAGUACCAACAACAAGAGUACUACAGGGACAGGCAUCACUCCAUGAGUGCAGAAGACCAGUACUAUGAUCAGUCAAGGCCUAGAAUGCCUUACAGAGCCGGCUACGGAAGCGACGUGGAAGACUCGAAUCGGUACAGCAGAGACCGCGAGCGGGAAUUCCGCCUGUCGCAGGCGGAGCAGCACCACCCGCGCCACCGCCGCUCCAUGAGCGCCACUCGGGACCCGGGCUCUGUGAUGGCGUCCGCCAGCAGCAGCAGCAGCAUGCGACGCAGCAGCCAUCGAGAUCAUCAUCAUCAUCAUCAUCGGGACCAGGAGCCGCACUCGUACGAAUCAUCGUCAGCACCACUUGGUGGUGGUGGUGGUGGUGUCGGUAUGUCAUCGCGAGACCACCAUCAUCAUCAUCAUCACAUGUCGUCUGGUGGCGGUAUUUUGAGUGGAGACCGAGAUAUCAGAGGAGGAGCUGGUGUUGGCGGGGCGGAACUCGUGGACUCGGAUAUUGAGAGUGAGACGAGUAUGAAUAGUGGACUGUCGACUCAGUCUGAGAGAAUUGCGUCAGACAGCAGGCGAGACCACCACAGUUUGUCGAGGGGUGGAAGAUCAGGAGACAUGUACCACGGAAUGAGUUCUGGCGGCGGAAGAAGAAGACUUGGUCCGCGAAGCAUGAGUGAAGAAGCUGGAGAAAAAGAUGGCUGCUUGUCGGACACGGGAGUUCAGCUGGGGAUCAUGAAGAUGUCGCACCGAGACGACCCAGGGGCCAACAGCCAGCUCAGGUCGCCCUCUGGCGGCUCGAUCGGCAGUGGCAAAGGCGGCUCCAAACUCUUUGGCCCCCUGGCGGGACUCGGGAAAAAGUCCAGUUCAACUUCCCAACUUUCAGCCACUGAAAGAAAGAAAGAAAGAGUUUGGAUGAAUGGACGCCCCCCGGUGACUGCUGUGAAAACCCCAGAUGGGACGAGCAGUUCCGAGAACCCGGGACGGAAACGGCGCCUCGUCUUUGGUCUCCGCGGCAAGUCCUCCAUCACUGUCCACCGCAGUGAGGAAGUGUAUCCGGAGGAAAGUCCAAGCGCCAUUUUGCACAGAACAUUUUGCCUGCCAGAGCAAAGUGAGCUUUUUGCAGUGACAGCCAACAUUUGGAUGCCAACAUUGAGGAUGGCAGGGGAAGGAGAGUUGUCAGACUUUGUGGAAGGCCUGGGGCCAGGGCAAAUGGUUGGCAGACAAGUGCUGGGUUCCAGACCCCUGGGGGAAGUCCAGUUGUCCAUUUGUGACCACAAUGGCAAGUUGGAGGUGAAGGUCAUCAGAGCUAGGCGCUUGGAGCCAAAGGCUGGGGCCAAGAUCCCUCCAGCACCUUAUGUGAAGGUGUACCUGGUUGAUGGGAAGAAGUGCUUGGGGAAAGCAAAGACUACUGCACCAAAAAGGACCCUUGAUCCCCAAUACCAGCAAUCCCUCAUUUUCACACACCCCUACACCGGAUGCGUCCUUCAGGUAACUGUCUGGGGUGACUACGGACGCAUGGAGGGCAAGAAGGUGUUCAUGGGCGUGGCCCAGGUGAUGCUGGACGACCUGGAAUUGUCCAACACUGUGUGCGGCUGGUACAAGCUGUACGGGACCUCGUCGCUCGUCAGCCUGCCUCCCGCGUCGGCGGCAGGUGUCGCUGCUGGCGGAGGAGCAACACCAGCAGCAGCAGCAAUGACGAGGCGGUCCUUCGCGCCGCCGCAGCAACAGCAGAGCUUCGACUCCGCGUACAGCUGAGUGUGCGUGUGCUUUUAUUUUUUUUUUCGUUUUCAUGUAUUGUUUCUCUCUCAUCUGCGUGUGCCUGUUAUUUGUGCUGAUGGUUGAGGAUCAGAACGCGGGAGAAGGCCUCCGAAUGCUUCGCUGCUCCACCAUUGUUUGUUUCUUCUUAUCUCCCUUCAAAUAGUCCUUGUUUCCUCAUCGUGCUGGAAAAUAAUUGCUGAAGAUGAUGUUACCUGCGCUACGAAGGGAGAGAAAAAGUUUAUAAACGCGGUUGAAUGUGAUGGCUUGAAAGAGGCGUCACCUCGCGGAGCCGAUGCAGUGUGUCCCGUGCCGGACUGCUCCAGGUGUCGCUUCUUGUACGCCCUUAGGCUUCGUAGAUGGUGCUGUUUGCCUGCUGAUGAUGAUGAUGGAAAUAAGAAAGUGGGAACGUUGACUUUGUGGGAUGUCUCUGGUCCAGAAUCCCGCAGAGUCAAGCGCUUAACCAGAAUUGCAUCAUGGUCCAAUUCUUGGUUGUUUUUUUUUUUGGCUUGGGAUGCACAUGGGUUUUAAAAAGGCUAAUGAGUGGGGAGAGAGAUUGUUUGAGUUAUUUGUUUCUUGGCUUCUUUUUUUUUGGUGAAAAGGAAAAAGAGAGAGAGAGGGAAAGAAAGAAGAAAUUAUGGCAAGCUGAUCUGUGAUUGGCCGCUUGAUGUCGCUCGUGUCGUUGAUGCUGCCCUGUGAUUGGUUGAUGGGGAAGAAUUUAAGGACUUCGGGGAGGGAAUUUGAGAGGUUUUCUUUCUCUUUCUUUCGCUCGGAAGAACGCCUUAGGCCGUUCAGUACCAAUUAUAUGAGAAGAAAACAAUUUUUGCAAAUAUUCCCUUUAUGCCCCCCCCCCCUUUUUCGGAGUUUUCUCUCUUUUUCAUUUGCCUUUCUCGCAAAAUGUUUGCAACAUUUUUGACCCUGUCCCCCGGCUUUGGAACAUUUUUUCGUCAGUUGGUAGAUUUGUGCUGGAAACAUUCCUCUUGUUGAUCUUGCUGAAAGAUGAAAAUGGCUGCCACCUAAUUUUUAAUAUAUUUUGGCAAUCGUCCUUCAAGUCAACGGAAAUUAUUGUUCGUAAUUAAAGAAAUAAUGAAAGUCUUUAUGUCAGAACAUUUCCAUUCUCAGCCGAUUGGGAUGAAUUGUCUCUUUUGUGUGUGAAAUUGUAAGUUUUUGUGUUGUUAUUGUGCUUAGAUUUUUUUGCAAAACAGUUGAUUUGGAAUCUUUGUUGUAAUGUUCUCUACAAACUGUGUGUUAUUGAAUGGAGGCAGCCAUUUUUGUUCUUUUCCAAGAUCUCAAAAGCUCUGUGCUGGUAUUCAACUUUACUAUAAUAAACAAGACAUUCCGCUUUUGCCAUGAAUCAGUCCUUGUAGGGGAGACUUUAAAAAGAAAGGGGGAUAGAAUGAAAUUUCGGGUUUCCGGUGUUAGGGAUGCUAGUGAAAUUGAUGAGGGGAUAAUUGUUGAACUAAUUGCUUGAAUUAUUUGUUGCGGGUUUUUUGACAAUGAGUUUUGGUAUACGGUUCUCUGAUUAUUAUUGGUCUGUACCGCGAGCUAUUUUCUUUUUUCCUUUCGUGUUGUCUUUUUUUGAGGAAAGAGUAAAAAAAAAACUCCCUGGAAAUGACA